AAGUAGUGUAGCGGGGUAUCGUUGUCCGUCUAAGCUGAAAAAGAAGCUCCUUUUUUCAUUUCAAUGGUACUGGACGUGAACAUCUGAAUCAAAUGCUAAAAUUGGCAAAUUGCCCCCUCCUUCGCUGCUGCUAGUCUGCAAUGAUCUUCUGAGCAGGCAUCCGUUCAGGACAUGGAUUGCCGAUAACUCAACAAGGUAUGAACGGGAGCUUUCGUACAAGAUCAAAUCGCUAUAAUAGUACUGUUUUCAUGGACAUUUUCCCCUGAUAUAAUAGUAAAAAAUGAAGACCCUGUAAAUCUCGCCCCCCUACAAUCUGAAGGCUAACAGAAGAGCUACCUACCUGAUAUCUGCUCGUCUCGUCAAUGUCAGAUCCGUCCGCAUAACCCACUCAAACCUUGAAUGUGUUGUGUAAUUAUUUUGAUGGCUACAAACCCAACCCGGUAGUCACCCUUAGAUUUGGUGGAGUUGCAAGGAGGUCAUAAACCACUAUGGGGUGUAUGGAUCAGCAUAUUGAAGCCAAUGGCAUCUGUCCGGAGCCCAAAGCUGUCAGAUGGAAGCCAUCCAGGAACACUCUGGCUUGUAUGGUGAACUCAGAAGUUGGAGCGGUUUUGGCUGUGAUGAGGAGAAAUGUACGAUGGGGGAUUCACUAUGCUGCUAGCGAUGAUCAGGUAGAGCAUUCUCUCAUUCAGUCAUUCAAGGAACUGCGGAAAAAGAUCUUCUCAUGGCAACAUAAAUCGAAUUCGAUUGAUCCACUGGUCUUUCUCCAGCCAUUUCUGGACGUGGUCCAAUCUGAUGAAACUGGUGCACCAAUCACAGGUGUUGCUUUGUCAUCCAUUUACAAAUUUUUAACCCUUGAAAUUCUUGAUUCGACUUCUAAGAAUGUAGACAAGGCUUUGCAUCGGAUAGUUGAUGCUGUCACCAGCUGUCGUUUCGAAGUGACUGAUUCUGCCUCUGAAGAAGUGGUGUUGAUGAAGAUUCUACAAGUUCUUUUGGCUUGCAUGAAAAGCAAGGCAUCUGUUUAUUUGGGAAACCAACAUGUGUGCAAUAUAGUAAAUACCUGUUUCCGGUUGGUCCGCCAGGCAAGUGCAAAAAGUGAACUGUUGCAAAGGAUAACACGCCACACAAUGCAUGAUUUGGUUAGGUGUAUCUUUUCUCACCUGCCUGAUAUUGAGAGCAAAGAAGUUGUUUUGGAUCAGAGAAAAAUAUUAUGUGCUACUCCAGAGGAUGAUAUGUUGAUGGAAGAUAACACUUUUAGGGACCGGCAAUCUAUCCUUGAUGGUUCUGGUAAUGAACAAUCUCAUUUGAGUGCAUCUCCAAACCAAUUGGCAAGCAAGAAGAAUGAACUGGGCGGCCAGGAGGAGAGUAUAAGUGGUGGAGAUCUUUCCACGAUGGAUCCUUAUGGAAUCCCUUGUAUGCUGGAGAUACUUCAUUUCCUUUGUUCUCUUCUGAAUGUGAUGGAUCACAUGGAAAUUGGUCCACGAUCAAAUCCUAUAGCAUAUGAUGAGGAUGUCCCUCUUUUUGCAUUGGGUUUAAUAAAUUCAGCAAUAGAAUUAGGUGGAGCUUCGUUUGGAAACCAUCCUAAAUUACUGACCUUGAUACAGGAGGAGUUGUUCCGAACUUUGAUGCGCUUUGGCCUGUCCAUGAGCCCACUAAUCCUCUCAACGGUUAGUAGCAUCGUUCUAAACCUCUAUCACCAUCUCCGUGAUAAACUAAAGCUGCAGCUUGAAACUUUCUUCUCCGGUGUGCUCUUGAGGAUUGCGCAGAACAAACAUGGAGCUUCUUAUCAACAGCAGGAGGUUGCUUUGGAAGCUCUAGUUGACUUUUGCAGGCAGCAUGUUUUCAUGACUGAAAUGUAUGCUAAUUUUGAUUGUGACAUAUCUUGUAGCAACAUAUUUGAAGAACUUGCUAACCUUUUGUCAAAGAGCACGUUCCCAGUCAACAGCCCUUUAUCAGCAGUGAACACUAUUGCUUUGGAUGGUCUAAUUGCUAUGGUUGAAGGAAUUUGUGAAAGAAUUGGGCAUGGUUCAGUUUCAGAACUCAUUUCGUCAGAUUCUGAAGAAUAUAAGCCGUUUUGGACUGAGGUAUGUCAAGAUUAUAAUGACCCUACUCAUUGGGUUCCUUAUGUGCAUAAGAUGAAGCAAAUAAAAAAGAAGUUGAUGAUUGGAGCCGACCAUUUUAACCGGGAUCCCAAGAAAGGUCUCGAGUUUGUUCAAGAAAUGCAUUUGUUACCUGGUGACAAACUGGAUCCCACCAGUGUAGCUUGUUUCUUCAGAUACGCACCUGGGUUAGAUAAAAAUCUUAUUGGGGAUUUCUUAGGUAGCCAUGAUGAAUUUUGCAUCUCCGUGCUUCAUGAAUUUGCAAGGACAUUUGAUUUUCGUGGUAUGAAUUUGGAUAUAGCGCUGCGGAUAUUUCUAGAAACAUUUAGAUUACCCGGAGAGUCGCAAAAAAUACAAAGAGUGCUUGAAGCAUUUUCUGAAAGAUAUCAUGAGCAAUCUCCAGAUAUUCUGGCAAACAAAGAUGCUGCUCUCCUCCUAUCAUAUUCAAUCAUAUUGCUCAACACUGACCAACACAAUUCACAGGUUAAGAAGAAGAUGACAGAAGAAGAUUUCAUCCGUAAUAACCGGAGGAUUAAUGGGGGACAGGACCUUCCCAGAGAGUUACUGUCGGAGCUUUACCACUCCAUAUGUGAGAGCGAGAUCCGGAUGACCCCAGAUGCAGGUAAUGUAGCCUCUGCCGUCAUGAUGCCAAGCUACUGGGUUGGUCUUGUCCACAGAUCGAACCACACUGCCCCAUUCAUAGUCUGUGAUGAGAAACCUUACGUUGACAAACAUCUCUUUUCAAUACUAUCUGGGCCCAUAGUUGCUGCCAUCUCUGUCGUGUUUGAUCAUGUAGAAGGGGAAGGCAUCUUACAAACCUGUGUUGAUGGGUUCUUGGCUGUUGCUAAGAUUUCAGCAUCAUAUAACUUCGAUCAAGUGUUGGAUGAUUUGGUGGUGUCACUAUGCAAAUUCACCAACUUGUUGCUCCCGUCCUACUCUGAAGACUUCAUUAUUAGAUACGGUGAUGACAGCAAGGCGAGGAUGGCCUCCACUGCAGUCUUUACCAUAGCAAACGAGUAUGGUGACCACAUUCACUUGGGUUGGAAGAACAUUUUGGAUUGCAUUUUAAGCUUGCACAGGUUUGGACUUCUUCCUUCACGUAUCCUCAGUGAUUCAGCUGAUGAUGACCCAGAGUCAUCGUCUACUGAUGUGGAUAAAAAGAGAUCUGCUGCGGUUCUCUCUACAGGAUCUAACAUACCACCACUAGCCGCUUCUAAUAGGAAAUCAUCUGGCUUAAUGGGCCGGUUUAGCCAGUUUUUGUCUCUGGAUAUUAUUGAAGAUGCUGCAGCUGAUCCCAGUGAGGAACAGAUUGAUGCUCGUCAACGGACGCUGCAGAUGAUCCAAAGCUGUCACAUUGAUAACAUCUUUGCUGACAGUAAGUUUCUGCAAGCAGAGUCACUAUUGCAGCUCGUUCAGGCACUUGUUUCGGCUGCAGGAAGGCUUUCUUCUAAAGGGAGAAAGGAAAGUGAUGAAUUGACUGCUGUUUUUUGCCUGGAGUUGUUAAUUGCAAUAACAUUAAACAACAGGGACCGGAUUAUGCUUCUCUGGCAAGGUGUUUAUGACCAUAUAGCCAGUAUAGUCCAAUCAACCAUAAUGCCGUGUCCUCUAAUUGAAAAGGCUGUGUUUGGAUUGUUACGAAUAUGCCAGCGGUUGCUUCCUUAUAAAGAGAACCUGACCGAUGAGCUUCUCACAUCUCUGCAACUAGUGUUGAAACUUGACGCCCGGGUCGCCGACGCUUACCUACCACACAUCACGGAGGAAGUGAUGCGUCUCGUGAGAGCAAAUGCCGUACAGAUACGAUCCCACAUGGGGUGGCGCACAAUAAUUUCGCUGCUCUCGCUCACGUCCCGACAUCCAGAAGCGUCAGAUGUGGGUUAUGAGACGCUAUCAUUCAUCAUGUCUGGUGAUGGGGCCCGUCACCUCUUACCAGCAAACUACGUUCUCUGCAUCAACGCAGCCAGGCAGUUUGCUGAGCACCAGGUCGGGAGCGUCGACCGGUCUGUAACAUCCUUGGAUCUAAUGGCGGGUUCGGUUGUUUGUCUCGUGAGGUGGUCCCACAAGACAAAAGAAGCACUGGAGGGGGAUGCCGCAUCAAAGAUGUGUCAGGAUAUUUGGGAGAUGUGGCUGAGGUUGGUACAAGGGAUAAGAAAAGUGUGUUUGGAUUCUAGAGAAGUUGUCAGAAACCAUGCAAUUUUGAUGUUACAAAGAUGUUUGACCGAAGUUGAUGGAAUCAGUGUUCCAAAUGACUUGUGGUUACUUUGCUUCAAUCAACUCAUAUUCACAUUAACAGAUGAUCUGCUUGAACUUGUGCACCGUAAUAAUUCCUUGAAGGAUCAUAGUAGCAUUGAAGGAUCAAUUGUUUUGUCAUUGAAGCUAAUGUCAAAAGUCUUCUUGCAGCGUCUUGAGGAUCUUUACCGCAUGGACUCGUCUUUCCAGGCACUAUGGUUAACGGUUCUGGAUUGCUUAGAGAGAUGUAUGAAGGUGAAAUAUCGGGGGAAGAAAAGUGGGAAAAUCACUGAACUUGUUCCGGAGCUACUCAAGAACAUUUUGCUUGUCAUGAAGACAAGUGGGAUUCUGUCACCCAGUAAACUUAUAGAAGGUGACAGUUUCUGGCAGUUGACAUGGCUGCAUGUGAACAAUAUCGCCCCAUCUCUUCAAUCAGAAUUUUUUUCCCAAACUGAACUGGAAGAGCAGCAGCAGCACGUCCAAAUGGGACAAAGUCCGAUCCCUGGUGAAAGUGUUCUCAUUGCAGCUUCGGGUGGAACAACUUAGAAGAGACUCUGACUAAGAUUCUAAGGGCCCAUUUGAAAGAGACAAUAUUUGCUAACCUACUUUUUAGUCAAUUAUUCAAAAGUAAGAUGACUCCCCAUCCCACUACAGUUCAUAUAUUUCAGGGUAAAUGACAUGGUGACAAAGUUCUCUUCCUCUUUGGUUUUGCUACCAUUUCAUUCCACAUACAAGAUUUUAUUGAAGUCUUUAAAAGAGUCAACAAGACGUGAGAAGUGAGCUUGCCAACAGCCACACACUGGACAACAUAUGGGCUCAAAGCAUAUCUCCGGCAGUUCUAAAGAAGCUUUGGGAUGAGUUUUCUUUCAAUACUGGCCAUGGCUUGUUAGAGAAGGUAUAAUUUCCUUUUUCAACGAGCUGUUACAGUACUAACAGAAAGAAGUCAAUAGAACAUUACAAAUAUGUUAACAAAGCCUAUGACCAGCCACCCAUAGUAUGUAAACAAUUCAUUUUCAAGGCUCUCCAAACCCCUUCGGUGACCAACUUAUAUUCAUUACUUUUUAUUUUAUGAAUUGUGUCAUUUCGCUCCCUAUUUUAUAGAUAUAGAUUUAUUUCGUUAGGAUUAUCCUGAUUCCAAAAGGUGCCUUACUCACUGAAUGUAUCUAUCAUUCUAUCUUUGUUUUCUAAUGUGUUGCCAUACUGUAACUUUUUAUUAUCUAUGAGAUAAUGAGAAAUGUCUCACUCUGUCUGUAACUCUGUAAGCUGAGGAUGAGAAAAAGAAUAUCAUGAGUGACAUACUUUUUGUUCGCAAUUUUUCUUUUAUUCCAAAAUUGCC